AUGCCGAGGAAGAAGAAGACCACCAAGGGCAAACAAAAGAUAGAGAUAAGGAGGAUCAAGAAUGAGGAAGUGCGCCAAAUUUGUUUCUCCAAAAGAAGAUCAGGCCUCUUUACAAAGGCCAGCGACCUCUCCACUCUUUGUGGAUCAGAUAUUGCAGUGCUGGUGUUCUCCCCCGGAGGUAAGCCUUAUUCUUUUGGCAGCCCGGACAUCAACCCGGUAAUAGACCGGUUCCUGUCGGACUUUUCUUCCUCCUCUUGGUCAGGCUUUUGCUCUGGAAAACCUAGCAAUAUGGUAGAACAACUAAGUCAACGAUGCCUGGAACUCACAAAUCAGCUAGAAGCUUGGAAGGCGAAGGGUGCAAUGCUGGAGGAGAAGCUGAACUCCCCAAGUCAUGUCCUGGAGUAUGAAUGCUUCGAGAACAUGGAUGACUUGGACGAACUCGGGCAGCUAGCAGAGGCGCUGAAACAAGUGAAGCUGAAUGCUGAUGCACAAGUGAACAGACUCCUGACUAAUACCGGAGCCUCGUUCUCUACUCCUGUUAUAAUCCACAAUCAAAGAGAGGGAGCUUCAUCUUCUCAUGCAGUCAUGGCUAACAACCAGGGAAUAGGUGCCUCGUCUUCUUUGAAUAUGGGUGCAUCCGCUUCUUUUGCUGAUUUUGUUGCAGAAAUGAUGGCUUUCCCACCCAGCCCGCCUUGUGGUGAUAUCGGUUUUAGGUCUGGGUUCUUUUAA